UUAAAAAAAAGGAAUAGCUAAGACUAAUCCCAGUAAACACCAAGUAACAGUUACAUAACACCACGUGUCCUGCUCAACGAGGUAAAUGUUAUAUAACAUGCGUGUUAUAUAGCAUUUACCUCGUUGAGUAGGACAUUAUAAUAUUGAUGUCACGUAACUGUUAUUCAACAGUCUUGUGAGUCUCCGCACGAUCUCUACACCGGUGAGCCCGCAAUAGUUUCACCUGUCGCUAUUUACGGUCGCCUAUGAGAGAGUGAGGACUAUUCGUCGCUGGCACGUGCUUACGAUCGCCACGUUUCCGUGAUUAUCGCGCUCUCAUUUGCGCGACAGGCGUGUUCUGUGGCGCAGGAGGAAUUGUUUUCGACAAGGAUAAACGUGUGAGGAAAGUAAGAAUUUGAAACCAACCUUUUUUCCCUCGUGAAUCCCGCGCUCUAGCGUAUAUGCACGCCUGCAUGUGCAUACGCGUGGCUGGACGUCCACAUGCGCGGUUGUCCUCGCCGUCGCCUCGACCUAGCUCCUGUAGCACCCUCGGAUAUCGAUCCCCCGGCGCGUUCGCGCGUUUCGAACGACGCAAGCCCGAGUUUAAGCUCGAGUACAAGUCACCCUCCCGGCGAAGCUAGUUCAUGCCCGGCGCACCGCCUCACCCCCGGCUGCAUAUCCUCUCCCUCCGUCCUUCCUCUUCCUCUCUCUUUCUCUCUCUCUCUCCCGCUCCCUCUCCACUCCUUUCGUCCUCGUGAACAGGAGGCACGGCAAUCGGGCAAGAUGAGCGACCAGGAGGAUCUGGAUUAUUACAUCAUGUUCCCGUCGUUCCCGCCGUCCCCGAAGGACCCGACGUUGACCACAGCCGGACAGGAUCAGCGCGAGGAGUUCGUGUUCGUGUACGAGGAGGAUAAGCGGCCGGUCGUGAUCCUGCUAGGAUGGGCCGGCUGUCAGGACCGAUAUCUAGCCAAAUACAGCUCGAUCUACGAGGAGAAGAGCUGCAUCACGCUGCGUUACACGGCGCCGGUGGAGUGCCUGUUCUGGCGCCGGGACAAGAUGCCUUACAUCGGCAAGCGGCUGCUGCAGGUGAUCACGGACAACCGGCUGGACGAGCACCCGAUAUUCUUCCACGUCUUCAGCAACGGCGGCGCCUUUCUCUAUCAGCACGUCAGCCUCGCGAUGCAGAGGGCCAACACGCCGUUCAAGGUCAGGGGGGUGAUAUUCGACAGCGCGCCCGGCGAGAGGAGAUUGACGGCGCUUUUUAAGGCGAUCAGCGCGAUUAUCGGCGGACAUCCCCUCACGAACUUGCCGAUGUCGUUCGUCAUCACGUUCUUCCUCUCCGUACUCUGGUUCUUCGAGGCUUUCAGCAGAACGCCUAUUCAAACGAACCCGAUCGCCCUCGCCGAGGAAGCCUAUUCCUGGCCUCAGUUGUUCCUGUACUCCAACAGCGACACUCUGAUCCCGGCGUCUGACGUCGAGAAGUUCGCCAGCCGGCGGGCCGAGCGGGGUGUACGGGUGCAGCUCGUCCUGUUCACCAAUUCGCCGCACGUCAAGCACUACACGACCUACCGCGACGUCUACGUCAACACCGUGUGCAGCUUCAUUCACGAAUGCCUGAUCUCGCCGAGUCCGUCGAGGGGCCUGCUGUCGCCCCUGGACCACGGCGACGAUCUCGACUCCCAGAGCUACGACGCGCCACCAGGUCUCACCAAGCGCGUCGUGCUGCCUCAGGAGGCCAGCAAGCAGCAGAACUAGUCUGGGAGUCCGGAAGACGAUAAAUAGGGUAGAAUAGUCGCCCAGCGGCAACGCGGGUGCCAGGCAUAAAGGGAGAGAGGAUCGAUGAUCAAUUAUUACGUACCGCAUUUUCGAGACUAACAGGUCUACGAAGAAAGGAGUGAAUUCGAAGGGAAGCGCCGGGAAUCGGUUUUACGCAAUUAGGAUCUCCCAAUCCCCCGUAAUUGGAAAUUGGAACGUCAGCUGCUCAAUUCUUUCCACCCCCGACUUUUCCUUGUAUUCUCGUCUUUUCAUCGCAAUGCAGAGAAUCGCAUAAUAGGAUGGGCAACUUCUUUAUUGGAGCUGAAGUGAGCCAGGGGGAAGCGUUGCGACUGAAACCAGAGAAGAAUCUGAACACUUUUCCGGGCAGUUCCCGAUUUCGAGCGCGUGCGGGAGAUCGAAAUUUCGCAGAGCAAGUGUCUCGCGACUCUUUCAAUUCACUCGUUUCACAUGGUAUAAAGAGGCGAUGCCCGAGAUGCUGGAAACGGUGCUACGUUCGUUAAAUGUACAGAGCUGUUUUAUAUGAAGUUGAUAAUCGUUUUCGGGUUGAAAGUUACACUCGACUGAAAAUGUCGAUUUUCUAUGAGCCGAGCGGGAGAGCAGACACACGGUGGCGUAAGAGUUUCCAAAUUGGAUCUCGAACUACUUUGGUGCACUUAGACUCGUACGAGUCCAAAAAUAUGAAGAUUUCUACUAAAGCUUAUCUCAAUUCUACUUUGGCGCCUGCAUUUAUGUUUCUUUUUCUAUAUACAACUCGAAUGUCAUAUAAACACGCACACAUCUAUUCGCGCGUUGCUUCCUGCAAAUCGAAAGUUCUGAAUUUUAAUCAAGUUUGACGCAAUUACCAGUGGGCCAGAACCCCAGGAGAUUCCUGGACGACUUAAGUGCACUGUUUGCGGCAUCGUAAGCCUUUUCAAAAUUUCACCGAUAAUCUCCACAUCCUCUCUCUCUCUCUCUCUUUCCUUUGCCUCAGUGUCCUCUUACGUUAUCCCUGUCGCAGCUUGAUUCUUCCUUCGUACUCUUUCGUCGUUUCUUCCGCCAUCGCGUGUCCGAGCUUUAGAAGCUCGCGAGCUCGUAGACACGAAUGCAUCCUCUGUACAAUAAUCUGGACGAGCGAUCUCUCGCUUGCCGGACGGUUUUGUGCCGUCCUCCGAGAACGAAGGCUUCGAGGACUAAUUGCAAGAGAGAUUUCUAGGACGGGGUGGGGUGCGUUUGAUAGAAAAUCGUACGCAAUAUCGCGCAAUGUGUUUACCGCUUACGCUCGUGCUCUUUCCUACGCCGCGGGACAAGGAACCCGCGCAAGAAUCAAGCUGGACUUGAUUUAGCUUACGCAACUCACGACUCGAAUGCAUGGCAUUUAAUCGAUUCGUAAAAGGAAAACACAGGAUUUCUCCUUGUGUCUGGAAUUAUAUCAGUGAUAAAUUUUCGAGAACGCUCGCCACUCGAGCGUAUAGUUCUGUAUCGUUAAAACAUGUCUUUACAUAUAUAUAUACAUAUAUAUAUUUAAAAAUAAAUAUAUUUUGAUCUGUCGAUUAGUUAUACGAAUAAAGACUGAUAAAUAAAGCUGCAGACUGUUAAUUUUUAUCAAA